AUGUUAUGUACAAUAUUUCUUAUCACAGCUGCUUUACUUGUACAUAUCACUGGUCAACAACAAACAAAUAAAAGUGGCCUAUGCAAUAAUAUGACAUGUGCAUAUGGAAAAUGUGAGCAAAUGGAAUGUAAAUGUGAUCCUGGUAUUACGGGAAAACAGUGUGACAUUGACAUUAAAGAUUGUGAGCAAGAAGCAUGUCUAAAUGGAGGUACGUGUAUUGAACUUGUAAACGGCUUUUCUUGUCAAUGUUCUCAAUGGUAUUAUGGUUUUCGUUGUCAAUAUGCUAUUAGUCUAAUCCAUUUUCCAUGUUUAUCUUACAAAUGUUUAAAUGGCGGCACAUGUGUGAUGGUCAAUGAUGAGCCAAAAUGUUUAUGUAACAAUCAAUAUGAUGGCCUCAAAUGUGAACAUUAUUUGAAUCAGCCAAAAUCAUGCAAUGUGUUGCAAUGUUACAAUGGAGGAACAUGUAUUGCCGUGGGAAUGCCACCGUUAUUCGAUUUGUAUUGUUUAUGUAAGAAAAAUCAUCAAGGAGCAAAAUGUGAAUUAAAUGCAACACCAUACUCGGGUAAGGGUUAA